UGAGAGACAGCCCACCGUACAGUCAGUGGGUGAGAGGAGAGCGGACAGUGAUCGGGUAGAAGCAGCGAGCGAGAUGGGCUCAGCACACGGAUCACUGUGCGAAUCCGACCGGAGUGUCUCCGCGGCGCCUGUCCACUUGCUCUGAAGUCACCGUGGACCCGGACAAGAGUGGAUUUUAGCUUAAAUGUAAAAUUGAUGAAGAGAAGCAUGUAUUUUGGUAACGCCGGCCACAGCGGCAUCCUGCCCGCCCUGCUGCGCCCCCCGCUGCCAGCCAUCCAGCCCUCCCUAGAGAUGAAACAGCUCCUCCCUUUUCCUCUGGAUGCCACAGUCAGCCUCUUCCCCAGCUUCAGCACGAUGGACCCGGUUCAAAAAGCCAUAAUAAAUCACACGUUCGGACUCCCCCUGCCCCCGAAGAGAAAACCCAUCGUGGUGUGCAGUGUGUGCCGACUCAAAUUUAACUCUGAGAGUCAGGCUUCAGCCCACUACAAGGGCACCAAACAUGCCAAGAAGCUAAAAGCCCUGGAGGCCCCAAGCAGCAAGCAGAAGGUGGCAGACAUGGUCGCCAGGGAGACGCCCAACAAGGAGCCGUCGAAAAGCACGUCCCCAGGCCCCCCACCCAUCAGCACUGAAAGCACAGAGGGCGCUGUUAGGCCAGCGUCACCAAUGCCACCCACCAUGGCCAGAGGGGUACUGCCAGCCAGCGCUGGCACAAAAGUGACAAGCGUCACGGUGGACGCAGAAUGCCCCACCCCGUCUGCUGACAGCCCCCACUCCGACACGGAUGCGGAGUCUGAGACGGAGGAGGAAAAAGCCAAGAGGCUCCUCUACUGCUCCCUCUGCAAGGUGGCAGUGAACUCCCAGUCCCAGCUGGAGGCCCACAACAGCGGUACGAAACACAAGACAAUGCUGGAGGCCAGGAGCGGUGGGGGGGUCCAUCAAAUCCUUCCCAGGCCGGGGCUCAAAAGCAAGUUGGCGUCGCCCACCAAGACCACCACAGGUCUGCAGAACAAGACAUUCCACUGUGAGGUCUGUGACGUCCACGUCAAUUCGGAGACGCAGCUCAAACAGCACAUCAGCAGCAGGCGACACAAAGACCGGGCGGCAGGGAAGCCAGCCAAGCCGAAGUACAGUCCCUACAGCAAGCCCCAGCGAGGGCCUGGUGCACAGACGGUCCGGUUAUCGCUGAGGAAGGGGCUGGAGCUGGGGAAGCCGCUCACGGCGAGGCUGCUACCGAGCCACCUGGCCGCAGCCGCCGCAGCCGCCGCCACGCUACCUGCCUUCUCGCUUCGCUCAGCCCCGGCGGCCGCCCUCUUUCAGGCACAGCCCCUCCCCCAGACGCUCCUCCGUCCCGCCCCCGGGCCGAUCCGGACUGCACACGGACCUGUUCUGUUUGCUCCAUACUGACCCAGGCCUCCUCAUCCAGAAUCGCGGGCCAUACCAUUCCGAAUCAGGUCUGACCCUCUGUAUCCUUCGCACAUCUGAGCCGUUACCCCCCCCACCCCCGGAUUGGGCCACUCUCCAGGACGUGUGUGCCACCUAGUACUGCAAUAAUGUAAAGACUAAAACCAGAAGCUAUGCAGCGUUGUUUCAGUCUGGCACAAAGCAUUACGGGAUGGAAUCGCUGCCCUGCAUGGUGUUUCUGAGGACGAUUCCUGUUGUGGUUAGAGAUGGUGGGAACUGAUCACAGUAGCAGCAGGACACGGACCAGAGUGAUGCCUGUUCGAGACUGACCUGUGCCGUCUACUUGUGUCUCUAAAUGCAACACAUUUGGAAAUAAAGUCUUACUUUGUUAA